AUGGACAGCGACGACGAGCAGCGGGGACCCGUGGAAGUGACAUUCCGGGAUCUCACCCCGGAGAAUGAGCCUGAGCUCCGGAGGCUCAACUCCGUCGUGUUCCCCAUACGAUACUCGGAUAAGUUUUACCAGGAGUGCGCCGCAGCGGGGAGGGUGACGCAGCUGGCGUACAUCGGCGAUGAGCUCGUGGGCGCCAUAGCGUGCAGGCUGGAGCUCACGCCGCUGAAGUCAGGCGCUAGGCUCUACCUGAUGACCGUGGGGGUGUACGCUCCCCACCGGAACGGGGCGAUAGGCACCAGGCUGCUUAGGCACGCGCUGAACGAGGGAUCCGCGGACACGUUCAUCGAGGAUGCCUACCUCCACGUGCACACGCCGAACACCGAGGCGAUCGCAUUCUACAAGCGCUUCGGCUUCGUCGAGGAUGGGGUGGUGCAAAACUAUUACAAGCGGCUGGACCCGCCGGACGCGGCGGUGCUCAAGCUGAACUUGAGGGAGUGGAAGCGCGAGCCGCUGGCGAAGGUCAGGUACGGGAGAGGCGCGAACGGUGCGGAGCCCGGGGAGUAG